AUGGCGUCCCCCACCUCAGUCAAGCGCCGCGUACUCAAGGCCGAGUCCUCGUCGGUCGUCAUCCUCCAGGAGUCACCUGACUCCGCCUGGCGCUCGUCACUUUCACGCGACAAGAACGCCAAGCAACAGACCCAACUCCUCGACAAUUACAACUCGUACUCGGGUAAUGUGGCCUCGGUACUGAGCAAGUUCUCAGAGAUAUUCAUCGGACUGGCUGCGCAGAUCACGGCGUUCGCCGUUAUCGGCUACUUGAUCGGCAACAGCUUCAACGCGCUCAACAUCCAGCUACACGAAUUACCAGUCCAGGCGGCAAUCUCCAGCAGCGACCUGUCUUCCGUCGUCGACGAUACAACCAGCAACGACAGCUCAAACGUGACGCACUCGGUCGCUGAGUCAACUGCGCACAAACCCAUCGCCAACACGAUUCUGAGGACUCUGGUGCAGCCGCGUGCUGCGAUCCAGUCGCCUCCUGUCUGCGACUGGAGCCUCACGACGCAGAACUUCCAGAUCUUCCUCCCAAACGACGUACUUCAGGUCGGCUUCCCGCAGCGGGAGAGGAUGACGCGGCUGCUACCUGAAGCGCUCGAAGCGUCUACCCUUCGUUUCACCCUCAACGCGACCAAUGCUGGUGCCAAUGCUGAGGUAAGAAGUGAAGACCUCCCGAUGGACGCGUCGUUGGCUGCUGAUUUGGUCGUGAAUGCCAUGUUCCUGUCCAGCGAGUUCAUUCCAUGGGGGAAGAAUGCUGUAUGGAACGAUGAAGUGCCUACUGACGUCGCCGACGUCUACCCUACAAGUGCUUCUCAAUCCCAACGCCAAGUUCCAACUGCUGAACUGCUAACGCUCCUCCCAGCCGACCCAGCAGCAAGCGAAUCGACCAAGAAGAAGUGGCUACUGGAGGCUAUCGAGCCCGUUCUGUCAAGCAAGUUCGAUACCAGCGACUUCAGCCCGAAUGAUAUCAGUGCGGAGUUCGCACACGUUGACUUGGCUCCUAACAUCACGUUCGACGCCCUGACGUUCGAAGUGGAUGUGGAUCCGUCGCUCGUCAACGCGCUCGCAGUCUGUGUGAACUCCGACGGCUCUGAGACGAUUCAGUCGACGAUUCGUUUCAACGAGAGUUCCAUGAUCGAGUACAAUUUCCAGCCGUGUAGUAACAUUUCGAAUACGUCGAUGUUGCUCGUCAGUGUCGCCAAGCGCUUGGUUGCCGAUGAACUAGUCUCAAACAUCACGGAUGAUAGUCUCGCGGAUUAUAUGAUCGACUCGACUGCGACGAAUCUCCGCAAGCUUUACUCGUUUACUGUGAGUCGACUACACUGGAACGUCAGCGACUUGGCCAACGAGUUCGACGCUGCGUGUCUGGUUGAUGGAGGCGACUGCAACGGGCUGAGUGUCGACUUGAGCGCGUCAGAUGCGCAACCAGAACAGCGCUUGGUUGCUGGAGUUAACGCGCUGCCUGUGAAUCUACUCACGGCUCCGAACUACAAUGGGAAGCUGCACGACGAACGACAGCGAGCGCUCACUCUCAUUCAAGUGGACGAGCCACCGCAUCAGGGCGGUGAUUGGUACUCCGUCAUAGCUGGCGACAUGCUUCUCCCGCACAAUGUGGGGCUGGGUCGAUGGCAUCCCGACUCGACAAACUGGAGUGAGCAGGCCUGUGGGCUUCAGGAGGACCGGGUACAACUUGUGAUCAACAACCACUACUACAUGGAGCACACGCUGCAGGCCACGUACACAUCCGCGCUCUUCUUCCUGUUGCAAGAUGGCGUCACGAUCGAUACAAUACCACGUGGGCAGGGAAGGACCACGCUGACAUUCAGUGCCAAUGUGCAGCCGCUUGCAGUGUGGAUCUCAGUUCCGGAGCUGAACGCUUGGCUCACGGUGGCCGGGUGCGUCGUGCUCGCCGCGGGACUCACUACCGUCGUUUUGCUGCCACGAUUCGGGUCAAAACUGAAUCAUCUGAACGACAUCUCGACGCCUCACGUCAUUGCACGCGUAAUGCUCGACGAACGAACCUUCCCACCUGAGCUGCUCCACAGACACGUUCACUUUGCACCGGAGGUUUCAGGCGAGCCGGGUUCUCGGUACUCGGUCAACACACUGAUAAUCAAAAAGCUCACAGUGAGAUCUAUCCGCGGCAGCAGCCACGGGGUGGAGGCUGCUAAGCGCGAAGGUGAUGAAGACAUUCAAAUUGUAUGA